UAUAUUUCUUCUACCCCUCGUUAACAUGUAGUUUCAAACAUGUAGUUUAUUUUCAUCAUAUAAAUAUAUGUGAGUCUGAAAAUAAUUACAUUAUGAUUCUUAUUAUUGCUUCAAGUUUUUUAUGCCCCUAAUCUCCAAAACAUAUAACAGCUAUAGCACAUGACGAUGUUUGUGUCUUGCCUUUGCUGUUUACAGUACAGUGGUACUGCAGAAAACGCAGGAGAGACUCUCUUGUUGCAAUGUUGCAGAUUUGUGUUGAAAUGUUGGGAGAAAAAAAAUGUUUGUGGAAGAGGUUUUUGUAUUUCCAAAUGUGUGAAUUCAAGUUUUGGAAAAUGGUAUCAGAUAUGAGGUUGUCUGUGCUGUGCAGAGUAAUUCUCGCUGACAUCUCUAACUGUACUUGGUCUGCUCUGGUUAUUAAAAAAAAAAAAUCACACGGUUUGUUUUGGCAUUUGGCUUUAAUGCAACGUGUGUGUCUGCAAGUGUUUGGAAGAGUUUCUCAGUAGUGUUUAACGCAGGAGAACUGAUAAUACGUGACGGCCGUGCGUGCGAUCAAUGUCAGAUUGUGGUAUUAGGAGAGAAACAGAGAACAAAAAUAGAUUGAAAUUGUUGCUGUGUCCUGGAAAAUUGCAGGUAAAACGAGCGUUAUUACAUUAUAACCAUGAAAUGAACAAAUAAAUGGUCCUACUCACGUGCACAGUCGUGCAACUUGAGAAACGAGGGCUUUCUGUUGUUUGUGUGUGUGUCAUAAGCGGGCACUAACCAGGUUUUUACUGAUACACAGGUCAUGUGCUUUACAUGCAGGCUUGGGUGUCCGCAGAGCAGCGGCUCGUCAGUGUUUGGUCAGGGAGCUUGUGCACUUGCACUGAUCACUUUCUCGAUCAUUUGAAUAGGCUCACACACGAGCUUACACUUUGUAUUGUCAUGUUAGCUUCCUCGCCUUUUUUUUUAUUAGGGUGCAACACAGUUUAAACUGGAACAGCACAUUUAUGUCACUGACUGUUGGAACUAGUCUUUGUGUCUGUGAACAAUCUGUAUUUUCUCAGGGCUGCAUUUUCAUAUUCACUUUCUGUUUCAGAGGAGGGAGAUUGUUUUCCCUCAUGCAGGAAAGCCUCACCCACAUAAGUUUGGUCUCAUGCAGUAAACAAGUUAGUUGAUUGGUUUUGCUUUAUAUACUGUGAUUUAAUAAGGAAAACACCAACGUAAGCCAGUCCCGACCAGUGCUGGUGGUACCAAUGCCAUGCUUUCCAUUGGUUCCUGUUUACAUGAUGCCCACAGGACACGCGGUGAUUGGUGGCGCCUCGCACGUGACCAGGCAACUUUGUACAUUUGACAGGGAGUAGGAGGGUUUUGUGGAGAUCAGAAAAACGACAGCGCGAUAAAAAUUAGUAUUGUUGCACUUCACAAAUUAAUGACCAUGAGUUCCUACUUGAUAAACUCCAACUAUAUCGAGCCUUCCUUUCCUCCAUGCGACGAAUAUCAGCAGAGCGGAUACAUCCCCAACCCCGGUGAUUACUACGAGCGGCCAAAGGAUACGGGCUUCCCCCAUCACGACGAGCCAUCCUAUCCGAGGUCAAACUACACAGAAUCGGGCUACGAUUACGGUAACGUCCCCGCCACGGGGCUCGACGAUUUCGGCGAUGGGCACCACGCACAGCCGCAACCGGUUCCACAGAGCCACGGUCCUCGCCUCACCGCGGCCCCAGACGGUGGCGCAGGGGCAAAUGCCAGCAAAGACUGCAGCCUUGCCAGUGAGGCAUAUCCCGGCGUAGCGAAGGGCAAGGAGCCGGUGGUCUAUCCUUGGAUGAAAAAGGUCCACGUUAGCACCGUCAAUCCCAACUACAAUGGAGGAGUGCCCAAGAGGUCCCGCACUGCCUACACCCGCCAGCAGGCUCUGGAGCUGGAGAAGGAGUUCCACUUCAACCGGUACCUGACCCGGCGCAGGCGGGUGGAGAUUGCGCACACCAUGUGCCUGUCCGAGCGCCAGGUCAAGAUCUGGUUUCAGAACCGGAGGAUGAAGUGGAAGAAGGAGCACAAGCUCCCCAACACCAAGAUUCGCUCCUCCAGCUCGGCCUCGUCCUCAGCCUCGGGGGCCCAGCAGCAGCAGCAGCAGCAGAUCAAAACAGGCCAGCAGCUUGUCCCCACGCCGUGCACCGCAGGUCUAUAGUGCAUGACCCAGCCCAUUAAAAAAAAAACCCAAUCCAGACUGAGAUGGCAAAUAACACAAGUGGAAUUUGUUGGACCGAUUCUCAGUAUUUUACACACAUGGUGUUAUCUCUUUCACCUUGCCUCUGCCAUUGGGCCCCUGUCACGUCCUUUGUACCCCUUUUCCCUCUCCGGUCGCCCUCAUCAUAUAAGCUUGAAAUUCACCUUUAAUUGCCACGGUGGCAACUGAAGUGUUUAUAUAUUUGUUAUUAUUAUGAAAGAAGGAUUACGCACACUCAGACGUAGGACUUGGAUCAAAAAUGUAUCAUUACAGUUAAAAAUUGAGUGAGGUAAAAGUAAGUUUGAACUCAUUUUUAUAUGUUCUGUUUGAUUAUUAUUUUAUUUCCUGUUUUGUAUUAUUGCUCAUGGAAAGUUCUAAUAUACUUGAAAGAUAUCUAGCGAGACUCUAUAGAUGCCUGUUUAGGAAACCGGACGGCUGUUUUUAGAGGUAUGUGGCAUCAGUCAGAGUAACAGUGUAGUUUGUGUGUUUGAGUGGGUUGGUUUACUGUUGAAUGUAGUCCAGGUGACUUUCACAUUUUAAUGUACAUAGACAAAUCAUAAUGAAGGCACAAUAAGGAAAAAGCAUUUCGUCAAAAGUAGAAUUCUGUUUGUUGGUGUUGUAUAAGGUCUAUAGUUUUAUUUGUGCUAGUGCGUCCCAUGUUGUGCUGUGUUCUAAACUGUGAAUAUUUGUAUGUGCUGUCCUCAGUAAUGACCGUUGUGAUGUAGGCUAGUGCAGGAUCAAAUUGUCCUUGUGAAAUAAAUAUGUACUUCACUUAUAA